CCAGAUCCAGCCUCCCUCCUCCAAACCCCCACUGCUAUACAAACCAGGAUAGGCCUAGCAUCAGAUCCAGCCUGCUUUACUGCUAUAUCUCCAUCCACUGCCAUCUCUUUAAAUUUCAAUCCUCAUCUCUCCUCAAUGGAAGCCUUCUCAUACUACCCUUUCCUUCUGGACUCUCCUAUCCUUGCAUCCAUCCCCUUUGAGACGCACCUUUCCACCCGGCAAGUUGGAGAGACCAGCAACAACUCCUCUUCUUGCUUUCCCUAUUACUACUCACCUGAAGCCAUCCUAGAGGUCUCAUCUGGUGAUACCUCAGCCUAUGAGAGCAGCAUCUCUCUUGCCACUGCCACAAAAGCUCCUUUAGUUGAGUGCCAGAUUCCACUUUCAUCAGCGGUAAUUAAACCCCAUGACGAGAAGGUCCCCAAACAACAAGGAUCCAUGGAGAAGAAAAGAAAGAAUGGAGAUGAGGCUCGCUCGAGUUAUUGCCAAUCCAGCCUAAGGACAGCAAGUACAAAAGAAAGUAAGAGUAGGAAGCAGAGGAAACCCAUUGGUGAAUUGAAGGGAAAACGGGGGAAGAAGCCCAAAUGUGAUGACUGGAAAGCCGCAAAGGCUGGAGAAGAACCCCCUGAAGGCUACAUUCAUGUAAGAUCGAAGAGAGGUCAAGCAACAGAUAGCCACAGCCUUGCAGAAAGGGUCAGAAGGGAGAAGAUAAGUGAAAGGAUGAAGAUGUUGCAAGGCCUUGUUCCUGGUUGUGAUAAGGUUACUGGAAAGGCCCUCGUGCUCGAUGAGAUAGUCAACUAUGUGCAAUCUUUGCAGAACCAAAUUGAGUUUCUUUCCAUGAAGCUUGCUUCUGUGAAUCCGAUGUUAUAUGACUUUGGGGUGGAUCUUGAUAACUCCGUGAAUCCAAAGAAAAUGAAGAGCAUACAACAACAAGUGCCACUUGUGAACCAAACAACCCACAUUCAUCCUCCAGCUUUUGAGAAUGCUAGAAAUAUCUACCAAAUGAUGGAUCCUUCAGUACCUCUUUUAUUACAUUGCCAAGGAUCCACUGCCUUUCCUCAGGACGGUGGCAGUUCUAUGAUCCAGGUUGGAGAACAAAGACAACAAUUUAUUAAUCAAGCAGAGUUCAACAGUAUAUGAGCACUUUUCAGUAGUUAGACAAAGAGCUUUCUAUAGUCAUGCAUGUAGAGAAACCCCAGUUCAGGCCUAUAGGAGUCAUAAAAGUAGAUCAGACCCAGAUGGAACUGCAGCCCUCAUUGUUGUUGAAAUUGAUUUUGCCCAAAAUGCCUUGUUCUUAGGCCUUUGGAAGAAGAGUUUCCCUCCAGAGAUUUGCACUAGAUUUGUGACGCAAAGGCAAAGCAAGACAUACAAAAUCCGAGAAUGUUGAGGCCACAUCAACUGGGGAUCCUUGCUGUUGGCCAGUAGAUUCAUGCACACACACGAACAAACUGUUCCCGAUGUCAAAAUAAUAAUGAGAAGAAUAAGAGGAAGACGAAGGGAAUUUAAAAAGCUCUAUUGGUGUCUUUUUUGGUAUCUUUAAAUUUUACACCGUGGGUAGGGGGGAGAGCGAGCUGAAGCGUCCUUGUAUUACAGGAAGCUGAUAAGACUGGCCACUGAGAUGAGAUUUCUUUGCUUCUUUUUUUUUUUUCUUCCUUUUUUUUCUGAACAUUCAUGUGUGUAUUUGUAUAAACCUCAAUAUACUGUUAUUAUUGUUAUUUCA